AUGGGAGAAACUCAAGAGUUUUAUUCAACGCUGGUCGCUAACUGCAUUGUCAACGCUUUCUUCUCUUACACCGCUAUCGCGCUGAACACCGUAACGAUACAAGCGCUGAGAAAAACGUCGCAGAUACCAAAGACUUUAAAAAUACUGCUCCUGAGUCUGGCUGCAUCGGAUCUUUGGGUUGGUUUACUUACUCAACCGCUGUUUAUUGCAUUUCUUCUUUUAAGAAUAGAACAGAGCUCUAACAGUGUUAUUCAUACGGUGGAGAUAGCAUAUUACACCCAACACGUUUUAUUUUCUUCCGCCUCGUUCCUCGGUGUUGUGGCUUUAACUGUUGACAGAUACUUAGCUAUAUGUCUUCAUCUCAGAUACCAGGAACUUGUGACUCAUAGGCGGGUUGUUGCUGUAGUAAUCGCCACUUGGGUGUUAAGUGUAAUUCUUUCCUUAUUGACUUGGAUCAUCACAAGGCAGGUUAUUCUCAUCAUAUUAGUGACCCUUCAAGCUGUUUUUAUAAUAACCACAGGGUUCUCCUACUACAAGAUAUACGCAAUCAUAAGACGCCUCAAGAAUCAAAUUUGCGCUCUGCAAAUUCAACAGGCAGCACAAAAUGACGGAAUGGCAAAUACAGUAAGGCUAAGAAAAACUGCAGUUGGUACAUUCUACGUGUAUAUUGCAUUUUUAGCUUGUUAUGGGCCAUUAUUUUGCGUCUUACUUUCUUUAAGAAUUUAUGGG